AUGACGGCACACGACUCCACCUUGCACACUUCCCCGUUCGACGCCGUCGCAGCCUCUCCCCCGCGCCGCCGUCGGCGCUCGAGCUCGUCUGCGUCCGCCACGAAGCGCUCGCCGUCCCCGCGCAUCCUACUCAGCGGCGCUCCCGAUAGCAAGGGCGGCGUGCAGAAUAUCACGCGCAAGGUGAUCCGCAAGCUCGAAGAGCUGGGCGGGCAUAUGGAGAUCGUUGAGGUGAACGAGAGCAGCGAGGAGGAAACGGUGGUCGAGAACGCGCUCACGAGGGGCGCGACACCGGAGCCGCAAGCGAAUGGCAAUGGUGUAGCAAAUGGGGUCGCGAAUGGCGAUGCGGCCAAGGAGAAGGCGAAGGAGGUGGUGAAGAAAAUCGACUGGGAGAUACCGCGGAAGCUGUUCCACUCGUCGAUAGGGUUCUUCACGAUAUAUCUGUAUGUGUCGCAAGGAACACCGGUGGCGGUCGUUCGUGCGCUGUGGGGCGCGUUCUGCAUCAUUCUCCCCUUGGACUUCGUCCGCUUCCGCUACCCUCAGUUCGAGCGGCUGUACGAACGCGUGGUCGGCUUCCUCAUGCGCGACUGCGAGAGGGAUCAAAUCAAUGGCGUCGUAUGGUACAUCCUCGGCGUCAACUUCGCCCUCACAGCGUAUCCUCUUGACGUGGCGACUGUGGCCAUUCUCAUCCUGUCCUGGGCGGACACCGCGGCGUCGACUAUCGGUCGCGCAUGGGGCCGAUUGACUCCUCCGCUUCCGAGGCGGACACCUGUGCUUCGCCUUCCUCUUGCGCCACGCAAGUCAUUGGCAGGCUUUAUCGGGGCCAGCGUCACCGGCGCGCUCAUCGCUGUCGGUUUCUGGACGUUGAUCGCGCCCGUUCGGCCUGCGGACAUGUCCUUCCAGUUCGACCUCUCCUCAACGAGCGGGUGCGUGGCGCUAGCCGCUCUUGCGCUGUGGGCGGGGAUCGUCAGCGGUGUCGCAGAGGCACUAGAUCUUGGCUCAAUGGACGAUAACCUGACCUUGCCGAUCAUCUCGGGCGGGUGCCUCUUUGGAUUCUUCAAGGUCCUGAACUGGAUCAUGUCAUGA